AAAAGGUGCUGAUCAGAUUCUGACACCUGCAGUUCUGAAUCACUGUAUUCUGGUUAAACUGUUGAAGAAAGAAUCUCCCCGAGGUUGCUCUGCUCUGCAUUUUUUCUCUGGUGCUGGAGGUGCAGUUUCUCAAAAUGAGGCUUUUAAUCUCAUUGAGCAUGUCUCUACUGCUGCUUAAUAAUUGUGAAAUAAUUAAUGGGCAAACACCAGCUGUCAGGUUGGUGAAUGGAUCCAACAUCUGUUCCGGAAGAGUGGAGGUUCUUCACAAUGGAGUCUGGGGAACAGUGUGUGAUGAUCUGUGGGAUUCAACAGACGCGGCAGUGGUGUGUAGAGAACUGGGCUGUGGGAAUGUCACAGAGGCAAAGAGCUCUGCUUAUUUUGGACAAGGUUCUGGACAAAUAUGGUUGGAUGAUUUUCAUUGCCGUGGACAUGAAUCUACACUGAGAAACUGUCCAUCAAAUGGAUGGGGAAACCAUAACUGUGGGCACCAUGAAGAUGCUGGAGUCAUCUGCCAAGCUGUCAGGUUGGUGAAUGGAUCCAACAUCUGUUCCGGAAGAGUGGAGGUUCUUCACAAUGGAGUCUGGGGAACAGUGUGUGAUGAUCUGUGGGAUUCAACAGACGCGGCAGUGGUGUGUAGAGAACUGGGCUGUGGGAAUGUCACAGAGGCAAAGAGCUCUGCUUAUUUUGGACAAGGUUCUGGACAAAUAUGGUUGGAUGAUUUUCAUUGCCGUGGACAUGAAUCUACACUGACAAACUGUCCAUCAAAUGGAUGGGGAAACCAUAACUGUGGACACAAUGAAGAUGCUGGAGUCAUCUGCCAAGGCCAGGCACAAACUAGUGCAGCACCACCAACAGUUUUUGUUUCUGCAGCAACAGUGAAAUUGAACACGACUGCCCCACAGCAAGGAGUUGGAGGCCUGGCACAAACUAGCGCAGCAGCACCGACAGUUGCAGUGACAUUGAACACGAAUGCUCCACAGCCAGGAGUCAGAACUGUCAGGUUGGUGAAUGGAUACAACCUCUGUUCCGGAAGAGUGGAGGUUCUUCACAAUGGAGUCUGGGGAACAGUGUGUGAUGAUCUGUGGGAUUCAACAAGAGCGGCAGUGGUGUGUAGAGAACUGGGCUGCGGGAAUGUCACAGAGGCAAAGAGCUCUGCUUAUUUUGGACAAGGUUCUGGACAAAUAUGGUUGGAUGAUUUUCAUUGCCGUGGAAAUGAAUCUACACUGACAAACUGUCCAUCAAAUGGAUGGGGAACCCAUAACUGUGGGCACAAUGAAGAUGCUGGAGUCAUCUGCCAAGGCCAGGCACAAACUAGUGCAGCACCACCAACAGUUUUUGUUUCUGCAGCAACAGUGAAAUUGAACACGACUGCCCCACAGCAAGGAGUUGGAGGCCAGGCACAAACUAGUGCAGCACCACCAACAGUUUUUGUUUCUGCAGCAACAGUGAAAUUGAACACGACUGCCCCACAGCAAGGAGUUGGAGGCCUGGCACAAACUAGCGCAGCAGCACCGACAGUUGCAGUGACAUUGAACACGAAUGCUCCACAGCCAGGAGUCAGAACUGUCAGGUUGGUGAAUGGAUACAACCUCUGUUCCGGAAGAGUGGAGGUUCUUCACAAUGGAGUCUGGGGAACAGUGUGUGAUGAUCUGUGGGAUUCAACAGACGCGGCAGUGGUGUGUAGAGAACUGGGCUGCGGGAAUGUCACAGAGGCAAAGAGCUCUGCUUAUUUUGGACAAGGCUCUGGACAAAUAUGGUUGGAUGAUUUUCAUUGCCGUGGAAAUGAAUCUACACUGACAAACUGUCCAUCAAAUGGAUGGGGAAACCAUAACUGUGGGCACAAUGAAGAUGCUGGAGUCAUCUGCCAAGUGAAAUUGAACACGACUGCCCCACAGCAAGGAGUUGGAGCUUUAAAUGAUCCCUGUUUUGAGCUCAACUGCACGGAGGAUGAAUGGUGUGGAGAGAAAAAUGAUGUUUAUGGCUGUUUCUGUAACAAGAGUCAUCACAGACCAGACCCACAAUCUUUUGAUUUCUCUGAGGUUUGUGAAAGCAGCUCUGGUUCCAUUUCCCUGUCUCGCUGUCAGCUCUUUGAGGCUGGUUUUCCUGCUGACAACUUACACCUCAAUGACCCCAACUGCAAAGGAACAGUCUGGAAUGGCAGAGUGGAGUUCUAUUUUGACAACAAUGACCACAUCUGUGGUACAAGUAUUUUGGCCAAUGGCACCCACUUCAUUUAUGAGAACUUUAUUUUUGGAACGUCAGACUCGACUGAAGGUCCCAUCAGCAGGAAGGGAAUUCUGAAGCUGAAUUUCAGUUGUGUAUACCCCCAAACCCAAUCACUUUCUAUGAAUAUGGAAAUCAAUCCACUAGAGAGCAUUGUCCACAAGAAGCUUCCUGCUGGUCAAGGGAGAUAUCAGGUCAGGAUGGUUCCAUAUCAGGAUGCUGAGUUCUCCAAGCCCUUCAAUGGGAGUGUCAAUGUGGAGCUGAACCAGCAGAUGUUUCUGGAAGUUCAUGUAGACGGGGUUGACAGUCGUCAGUUUGCUACAGUGAUUGACUCAUGUUGGGCUACACCUGAGAACGAUCCUAAUCAUUCUGUCCGCUGGGACCUCAUCAGCGGAGAGUGUCCCAGUCCAAAUGAUGAGACAGUGGAGCUGCUGCAGAAUGGAGUCUCCACAUCUAGCCGUUUCUCCUUCAGGAUGUUUUUCUUCACUGAAAACUCCACUAAGGUUUACGUGCACUGUACUAUUCACAUUUGCCUUCUGGCAGGAAACCACUGCUCAACUCACUGUGACUCUGGAUCCCACUUGAGAGAGGGCAGGUCUGCAGAAUUCCAUGACAGUGCUUCCAUUUCCAUGGGUCCCCUGAUGAUGUCUGAAAGGAACCAAGGUAUUUGAGCCCCAGAGCGGCAGAACAUAUCCACUGCUUAAGUGUCUGCGUGGUUCUUUGAUAUUAUUUGUUUCUCUGCAUGAAGUGUUUUCAUCUUUUUUUGCAGAAUAUUUCACUGAUUGAAAUAUUUCUGCCAAGAAUACUCAUUGUUUUAUACAAAUCUCAUCUCUUUCAAAAUGAAUGUCUUACUGAUGCUACACUCCUACAAGCUGUGUUUCUCAUUGCAAAAUACACUCUUAAGAUCAUCUAAAUUUUUUUGUGUUUUUUUUUUUUUUUUUUAUGAUGGAUUGACAUGUUUCCAAAACCAGCAUGUAGAUUGUUCAUUAUUUAGCAGAACUUCAGUGCACUGUUAUGGGAUAUAUACCAAAGUUACUGAAUAAAUCCAUCCAGUGGUUACAUUUUCUUUGGUCAUUAUAGUGUGGGGUAGAAUCAUUAGGAAGAACAGAAAUAAUAUUAUUCUAUGUAGUUAUGGCUUUUGUUUUUGCUGCAGUAUAAAUAAACAGAAUCCACUGUC